CAGCGCUUGUCAGGCUGUGGGGCUUUGGCUCUGGCACAUCGGAGCGGCGGAGGCGCGAUGGCGGCGGUGGCCGGAGCGGGGAGGGCGAGAGGGGCGAGCCUGGCGGCGGCGGUGCGGGCCGUCGCGGCGACGGCGCGUCCGGCGUCGAGCGCCGCGGCGGCGGCGGGGGUGAGCGUGGCGGCGGCGAUCCUCAAGGGGAAUGACACGCCAUUCGGGUCGGUCGGGUGGUGGGCGUACGCCGGCAUCUCCUGCUUCCUGGUGCUCUUCGCCGGGAUCAUGUCGGGGCUCACCCUCGGGCUCAUGUCGCUCGGCCUCGUCGAGCUCGAGAUCCUCCAGCGCAGCGGCACCGACUCCGAGAAGGCGCAGGCUGCUACUAUCCUUCCAGUUGUUCAAAAGCAGCACCAGCUUCUUGUCACCCUGCUACUGUGUAAUGCUGUUGCCAUGGAGGCUCUUCCUAUAUUCCUUGACAGGAUUUUUCAUCCUGUUGUCGCUGUCGUCUUGUCAGUGACAUUUGUUCUUGCUUUUGGAGAGGUUAUACCACAAGCAAUCUGUACUAGGUAUGGGUUGGCGGUGGGUGCUAACUUUGUAUGGCUUGUACGUAUCCUCAUGGUCAUGUGCUAUCCUAUUGCUUACCCUAUUGGGAAGCUCCUAGACUGCGCUCUUGGGCAUAAUGAAUCCGCACUCUUUAGGCGAGCUCAACUGAAAGCUCUGGUUUCUAUACACAGCAAAGAGGCUGGUAAGGGUGGGGAGCUUACCCACGAUGAGACUACAAUCAUAAGUGGAGCUUUGGAUUUGACUGAAAAGACUGCUCAAGAAGCUAUGACACCUAUCGAAUCAACUUUCUCAUUAGAUGUGGACUCCAAAUUGGAUUGGGAAGCAAUUGGUAAAAUUCUUGCCCGGGGCCACAGUCGUGUGCCUGUGUACUCAGGAAACCCUAGAAAUGUUAUUGGGCUCCUGUUGGUGAAAAGUCUUCUGACAGUUCGUGCUGAAACAGAGACACCAGUUAGUGCGGUUUCCAUUCGAAGGAUUCCGAGGGUUCCGGCGGACAUGCCUUUGUAUGAUAUAUUGAACGAGUUUCAGAAAGGGAGUAGCCAUAUGGCUGCUGUUGUGAAGGCUAGACCAAAGAACCCUCCAGCUGCUGACACGAGUGAACCAAACAUGGAAGCAACUGGGGCAACACAGCUGACUGCACCCUUACUAUCCAAUGCUGAAGAAAGGGCCGAAAGUGUGGUUGUCGACAUUGAAGCACCACAGAGCAGGCAGGUUAAUGGAAACAAACACCAGUCUGUGCACCAAAACGAUAAGCCAUCGAGUGGAGUGGGUCGGUCAUCAGAAGACAUAGAGGAAGGCGAGGUCAUUGGUAUCAUUACACUCGAAGAUGUAUUUGAAGAACUCUUGCAGGAAGAGAUAGUGGAUGAAACCGAUGAAUAUGUUGAUGUCCAUAAAAGGAUCCGGGUAGCUGCUGCUGCUGCUGCGUCAUCAGUUGCAAGGGCUCCGUCAGUUAGGAGAUUAACUGCUCAAAAGGCUUCGGGAGCGCAGAGCCGGCAAGGACAGAGUGGACAGCCUGCUGGAAUUUUGAAGAAACCUGCUACUGAAGGUGAUUCAAACCCAUCAAAGCAGGUGAACCUUGUGGAACCUCUGCUGGAAAAUAGGAGGCAAUUGUAGGUGUAUGGCAUAAAUAGAGCGACGGGACACAUGUUGUGAUGUUCUUGCUAUAUAUUCGGUAAAAGUAAAUACGAGUUUGCUCACUGUAAGUUUCAACAGUAGCAGUUUGGACCUUGUCAUGAAUGUCAGCGUUGAGUUUCACCACUGGGAUAGUAGCAACUAGUACUGACUUUUGGGAAUCAGACUUGGAACUAGUGCAAAUGUUAAAUUAGAUCUGUCCUUCAGACUUUCUGAA